GAGUUCAGUCACCGACAGGGUCAUGCCAUUGGCCGCCACGCGGUGCAUUUCGGGAGGUGGAGUCCGCUCUCCGUUCAAGCGGCAGACUGGCGGGCAACAGUGGCGGUAUAGACGGAUGUAAACAGUGCGGAGAGACCGGCCGGGCAGCCGGGCCCUGACAAUGAUACACGAACUGCUCCUUGCCCUGAGCGGCUACCCGGGCAGCGUCUUCACCUGGAACAAGAGGAGCGGCCUGCAGGUAUCACAAGAUCUGCCAUUCCUCCAUCCCGGUGAAACCAGCGUAUUGAACCGCCUGUGCAAGUUAGGAACAGACUAUAUCCGUUUCACAGAGUUCAUUGAACAGUACACAGGACAUGUUCAGCACCCGGAUCACCACCCCUCUCAGCAGGGACAAGUUGGCCUGCAUGGAAUUUACCUGCGGGCCUUCUGUAGAGGUCUGGACUCAAUCCUACAGCCAUACAGACAAGCUUUAUUAGACUUGGAGCAAGAGUUCCUGGCUGACCCACAUCUCUCCAUUUCACAUAUCAACUACUCUCUGGAUCAGUUUCAUCUCCUCUUCCCAUCAGUAAUGAUUGUUUUGGACCAAAUCAAGAGUCAGAAGAUUCAUGGUUGUCAGUUGUUGGAAACAGUCUACAAACACAGUUGUGGGGGUCUGCCUGUUGUUCGCAGUGCACUGGAGAAGAUCCUGGCAGUGUGUCAUGGAGUCAUGUACAAACAGUUGUCGGCCUGGAUGCUUCAUGGUCUUUUAUUAGACCAAUAUGAAGAGUUUUUUGUGAGACAAGGGCCUGCUUCUGGCAAUGCUUCAACCCAGCCUGAUGAAGAAGAUGAUGACUUGGGUAUUGGGGGUCUUUCAGGGAAACAGCUGCGAGAGCUGCAAGACUUGCGUCUGAUUGAGGAGGAGAACAUGUUGGCACCUUCUCUUAAGCAGUUUUCGCUAAGGGUUGACAUGCUGCCAUCUUAUAUCCCUGUGAGGGUUGCUGAGAAGAUUUUGUUUGUGGGAGAAUCUGUUCAGAUGUUUGAAAAUCAGAAUGUAAUAAUGACUAGAACAGGCUCCAUACUGAAGAACCAGGAAGAUAUCUUUGCUGCAGAGCUACACCGGUUGAAACAACAACCUCUUUUUAGCUUGGUGGAUUUUGAGUCGGUUCUCGACAGGAUCAGAAGCACAGUCGCAGAGCACUUGUGGAAGCUCAUGGUGGAAGAAUCAGAUUUAUUAGGUCAAUUAAGGACUAUUAAAGAUUUCUACCUGCUUGGAAGAGGGGAAUUAUUCCAGGCAUUCAUAGACAUAGCCCAGCACAUGCUGAAAACACCACCAACUGCAGUAACAGAACAUGAUAUAAAUGUGGCAUUCCAGUUGUCAGCACAUAAAGUGUUACUAGAUGAUGACAACCUUCUGCCUCUGCUACAUUUAACCAUUGAUUAUCAUGGAAAAGAACAUAAAGAUUUGACUCAGCCUCGUGAUGCUCCAUCACGUGACACGUCUCCAAGGGAAGCCCCCACCUCAGGCUGGGCGGCACUUGGACUGACCUAUAAGGUGCAGUGGCCUCUUCACAUUCUCUUCACACCGGCUGUAUUAGAAAAGUACAACGUCGUUUUCAAAUACUUGCUGAGCGUCCGCCGAGUCCAGUCAGAACUGCAGCACUGCUGGGCUCUUCAGAUGCAGAGAAAACAUUUGGAAUCAAAUAAAACGGAUGCCAUCAAGUGGCGGCUGAGGAAUCACAUGGCCUUUCUGGUUGACAAUCUUCAGUACUACCUACAGGUAGAUGUACUAGAAUCGCAGUUCUCUCAGCUGUUACAGCAGAUAAACUCCACACGGGACUUUGAGAGUAUUCGCCUGGCCCAUGACCACUUUCUCAGCAACCUCCUGGCCCAAUCCUUUAUUUUAUUAAAGCCAGUUUUCCAUUGCCUGAAUGAAAUCUUAGAAUUGUGUCACAGCUUCUGCUCUCUGGUCAGCCAGAACCUGGGUCCCCUAGAUGAGCGUGGAGCAGGCCAGUUGGAUGUCCUUGUAAAAGGAUUUAGUUGCCAGUCUGCGCUACUCUUCAAAAUACUCUCCAGUGUCCGCAACCAUCAGAUUAAUCCCGACCUAGCUCAGCUGCUUCUGCGACUAGAUUAUAAUAAAUACUAUACACAGGCAGGAGGCACAUUGGGAAGUUUUGGAUUAUGAAUAACCGCACCAUGAGGAGUGAGC